CAUGAAGCGUGUGUGACAGCUCCAGCGUUACAUAGGCUUCCGCUCCUUGUAUGUGCGGUCGGUUACCGAGCCGCCUCCCGCUCUACUUCCCGGUUGGGCAGCUCGCUCAUGAGCUCAGCCCUGUCGCCCCGCAAGUAGUGGUAGCAGCGGGGGCAACUUCUGAAACUUUCCGCAAAGUGUCCGGAGCAGACGGAGGGGAGGCAGCCACGCUCGCUCCCGGCCAGGUCCCCCUUUUCCGACUCCAUGUGUUAGUUCUAUCCGCAGGAACAGAAACCUUCUAAGAGAAACCGCAGCCAUCGGCUCUCUGCGUGUGCAUGGAGUGCAGGACUGGGGCCUAGGGCAUAAGCCGUGGACCGUCACAUGGACAAGUCACUGUGGGACAAAGCAGGAGAUGCUGCGGGUUUGGAUAGGCUGGUCAGACCAGGCUCGCAGUUGGGAUGCCCUGAAAAAAAGAAGCGCAAAUCAACCGUGCAGGGGUCCACUGUUCCUCCUCUCUCGGAAUAUGCUCCACCAACGAACACAAGCUCCGACCAUCUCAUUGCCUCUAAUCCUUUUGAUGAUGACUAUAGUAUAUCCCCUCUUUCAGGGUACACUUAUUUUGGGAAACCAGGAUAUGCCAAUGUCGGAUCUUUUAACACUUUUAAGAUGCCACCAAAUAUAUCACCAAAAAGGUCUUCUCGUAAUGGUGGCUUUCAAAACUUUAGAGAUCAGCCACUGUCUUUUCCAAAAGAAAUGAAAAGUACAUCCCUGGGAAGAACCUUCUCAUUCAGCAAUAUACAAGAAAAAACACUCUUUGACAAUGAUUUCUUUUUCAACAGUGGACUAGGACAAACUAUUGCUAUGCCUGGGCAGCACUUUAGACCUAACCAUAGUCCAGAUCUCUUUCACAUGACAGGUCUCCACUCUGGCCAGCGAAACAAAUUUCAGCCUUCGCCCUAUAGGGCUCAAGGUGGCAAAGUGCACUUUAUUCAGCAGCCUGAGGACCCCCACCCAUUUGAACUGCCACAACAUCACUUUAUGCAUAUAAAAAUAUCUAACUAUGAGCAAGAAUCUGGUUCUCCAUCCAAUAAAUAUCCUAAUCUGAACCCAACUGCAAAUGAAGACAAAUCAAAUCUGGGUGAGUUCACCCAGAAUACUGCGGAUCGACUGGGUUCUAAAAACCAUACAGUUAAUGCAGAUAAUUUACAGUCCGAAACCAUAGACCUAACUAAUUAUGGUUCUGGUAGUGGAGCCCACAGCAAGACUUCACUUUCUAAACUUUCAAAAAGUGAUGUGACACCUAGUGAAAAAUGCAAUAGAUGGCUACUUCAAUCCAGUUUUUGUGGUCCUUUUUCCACCGACACAAUAUACCCAUGUGGUAUAUGUUCUUUUGAGGUUAGUAAUUUUGGGGAUGCCAUCAUGUGUGAAGUCUCUUGUCACAAGUGGUUUCAUCGAGCAUGUACUGGGAUGACAGAGAUUGCCUAUGCACUACUAACAGCAGAAGCCUCAGCGAUUUGGGGUUGCGAUACUUGUAUGGCAAAGAAGGAUGUUCACUUGGUGCACACACGUAAAUAAAACCCCUUCUGCCAUUUUUAUGGAUGAGAGCCAUUUUUAGGUACAAGAACACAGGACUUUUGUUCUAAACAAAGCCAAAUCCUUCAUAACAUACCACCAGAGUGGUGCUUUGUUGUUGAAAUAGAGUUAAAGAGACCCAAGACCUGAGCACCUUACUUUGAUGACCGGUUUCAGUGUGUGGGUAUUUUUCCCCAAAAUGAUCAAUCUAAUUCUUGAAUCUUAUCGAUACAAAUAUGAAGAUGUUUGUAGGUCUUCAUUUUUUUUUCCUCAUCUGUCAGAUCAUCUGAACAAUAUAUGCUGCUCUAAGAUCUUUUGCACUAUUUAAAGUAAUGAUAUUUUUUAAUACAGAUCAAAUUUUUUAGGGGAAGCACAAAGUGUCAACCUAAGAAACUUAGAUUAUGGGAAUUGCACUUGACUACCUGUGGUGAUGACUUACUUGUUCUAGUUGGGAGGUUAUUAAAUUGUGUAUAUUGUAUCACGGCACUUAUCCCUUUAAAUGUGAGCUCUGGAUUUAACCAUAAUGUCUUGAUGACGUAAUGAAUAUUUAUAUAAUUAGCACUGUGAAGUCUGGUUAUUGGAGUAGUGGUUUAGUCUGGAGUUCUGUUUGCUGUACAGAGACAGGUACUGUAGAAGUAAGUAAUGGGGCUGUAUACCUGUUAUGACACUGGGAAACGAUAUGCAAAAUUGAUAUUUAGCUAGGUGAUCUUGGAUGAUCAGAAUGGACAUUUAACUGUAUGUCAAUUGCUUUGGGGCAAAUAGUGUCUUAAAGAUUGAUGGGAAUAAUAAACUAUUAGCACCUCAUGCUCAUCUGUUGCUUUCAUUCUGACAUUCCAGAAGGCUUGAGAUCAACAUUUGAUCUGUCUAGAAACGUAAAGAUUGGGAAUAUUGGAAUAAAAGCAACCUCUUCAAGGGCUUGCCCAGCCUUUACGAAGUCAUGGCCUAUCCGUAGGAUAGACAAUUGCUAGCUGAUCUGCAGGGGUCUGACACUCCAGCGAUUAGCAAUUUGGGUGUCGCUGGAAGUAGGCACAGGACUAAAUAGUUGUGUCAACCUUGCGGUAGAAGGAGCUGGUUACUACAUCACUUCUCCCAUGGGAGCAGUACUGUAGUAACAUGCUCCUGCCACUACAAGGUUGACAGAGAUCUAUAGUUCCGAUGACAGCGCUACACCUGAACAGCCGAUUUGGAGGGGGUGCGUGGUGUGGGAUCCCCACAGAUCAUCUAGUGAUUGCCUAUCCUUAGUAUAGGCAACAAUUAGUAAAGGCUACACAAUUCCUUUAACAAGACCAUAGAGUAGACGUCUCUGGGACUUUUUUAUUGAUGCAUGUAGAAUGUAACUUUCCUUUUUUUUUCUUUUUGUUUUGUUUUUUUGCCCCUUUUAAUUACAAUUAAAUUAGUGAUCUAAAGACGUGUUAUAAGAUUAUUUUAUCAUGUACCGAGGCUUUAUCUGCUCUAGAAAUCUUUGCUUCUUAAUAUCGUAAACCUACUCCGCAGAAGAUGUUUUCUGAGAAGUAGAUGAAAUAAAGUACCAUGUACCUGGAGAGCAGCAGAAUAUUUUUCUCUACCAAAAAUUGGUGAAAUAAAAGA